AUAAUCAAUAAGCCUGUCUGUAGAGUUGGUAUAAAAGGGCCUUUGCUCAGUGUAGACAACACAGCCUUGUGGAGAACCACAAAGAGAGAUCCUACACCACUGAAUCCUUCCUUUUGUUCACUCAACAACAACAAAACAAACAGUUGCUCAGAAUGGAAUACUACAAGUUUGCCCUGCUUGUGGUUUUCCUGUCCUACAUUGAGCGCUGCUGGUCUACCUCCUGCGUUGUGGACAGCUUUACAGUCAAGGACAACUUUGACCCCAAAAGAUAUGCAGGCAAAUGGUACGCUCAGCAGAAGAAAGACCCAGAGGGACUCUUCCUCCAGGACAACAUCUCUGCCGAAUACACCAUUGAUGAUGACGGCACCAUGACUGCCUCUUCCAAGGGCCGCGUAACUCUUUUCGGGUUAGUGAUGAAUUUCUGUGUUGCUUACGCUGACAUGGCUGCCCAGUACAGUGUUCCUGACCCAACCACUCCUGGCAAGAUGUUCAUGAACUACCAGGGCUUGGCUAGCUAUCUGUCCAGUGGAGGUGACAACUACUGGGUCAUUGACACCGACUACGACAACUAUGCUAUCACCUACGCUUGCCGCACUCUGAAGGAUGAUGGCACAUGCGAGGAUGGCUAUGCCCUGGUCUUCUCGCGCAACCCCCGUGGCUUGCCUCCUGCAAUCCAGCGCAUCGUCCGCCAGAAACAAGACGAGAUCUGCAUGACUGGUCAGUUCCAGCCCGUCCUGCAGUCUGGGGCUUGCUAAACUGUUAGAGAAAACGAAGAGCAUGCUGGCAUAAGAAGCGGCAUCUGGGGUCAUUGCAUUUUAAUGCUGUAGAGAUGCAUAUGUGCAUCAGGGAGACAUCAGAUCAUUGAACUCCUUAUCCCAAGGGAACCUUGUACUGUGUGAAGUGAAUGUGACAAUAAAUAUUUUUAAACAAAA